AUGUGCACCACGACAUACUACAGGUCGCUCGAAUGCGGCCACGCCUGGCUGAUGCUCCGGAUGCCCUGCUCGCCAUGGAUGAACCUCACCAACUGCCCCAUGUACCAAGACCGGGCCAUGACGCACGUUUCCACGCUGCCACAGCCCAACCGCCGCCGCAUAGCUCCCCGGUACUCUUGCCCCUGCUGCGACUACAGAGGCCACUACAACCCCAGAAUCGUCAGAGUCAUCAGGAGCGAACGGUACGGCGUCAAGAUCGGGAGCGGGCCGAGCCGACGUGAUCCUGGCUGUGCAUUUUUCUGCGCUGUCAUGUAG